AUGGGCCGAGUUCAUGGAUUUUCAGAAGAGGACUACCACAAAAUGCGAAAACAAAGCAUAAAAAUGGACCGUCAAAAAUUCAACGAAAACCACCUGAUAGACCAAGUGCCUCGCAAAAACCCGCCGUCCGAGUCCGCCCUGUCUGACAAAAACGCUCCUUCAAAACAACCUUUUGCGAAACGUCUUGGACAGCGAAUCGGGAAGAUAUUUGGAAAGCACUGA